GCUGCACACUGAUUACAUGUUUGUAGACUGGAGCCCUUAGCAACAUUUUCCAAGACCUCUCAGCUCUCUGUUUCUCCUUCUCCUUUUUUGCGGCUGACUUUGCCUCUACUUUUUUUUUUUUUCUUUUCUGUCCACUUGUGUGACGUGUGAGUGAAGUUCCUGCCCUUGUUGUGUGCUGUACAGUGAAGAGGGAAGGAGAGGGGAGCCAGACGAGAAGAGGAAGGACCUGGAAGCUGAGAAAGAGUGAGAAAGUGACUGAAGUGAGGAAGGAGAAGAGGAUAAGUUAACUUAUUCUGCUGGCCAAAAGCAAAGUUGGAUGAGAAAUUGCAGUCGAAAAGUCUGCUAGACACGGAAGAGGAGCACCAGCCUGGGUGGGGACCACCCGUUCAGCAGUCGUCCAGCAGCAAGAGAACAGGAUGAGGUACCAAAGCAGGCAGGUAGAUAUAGAAGGAAGAGUGCGCCUGGGCAUGGAGAGCGCCCUGACUGCCCGGGACAGGGUGGGGGUGCAGGACUUUGUCUUGCUUGAAAACUACAACAGUGAGGCGACAUUCAUAGAGAACUUACGGAGACGCUUCGGGGAAAACCUCAUCUAUACGUACAUUGGCUCGGUGUUGGUGUCAGUGAACCCUUACAAAGACCUGGAGAUUUACUCCAAGACGCAGAUGGAGCGCUAUAGAGGGGUCAGCUUCUAUGAGAUAUCACCGCACAUCUACGCACUUUCAGACAACACUUACCGAGCCAUGCGCACAGAGAGGAAGGACCAGUGUAUUCUCAUCUCAGGUGAGAGUGGAGCUGGUAAAACAGAGGCCUCCAAGAAGAUCCUCCUCUACUACGCUGUCACCUGCCCCACUAAUGACCACAUGGCUACCCUUGGUGAAUGCUUACUACAAUCUAACCCUGUUCUGGAGGCAUUUGGUAAUGCAAAAACACUAAAGAAUGACAACUCCAGCCGCUUUGGAAAAUACAUGGAUGUCCAGUUUGACUUCAGGGGAGCACCAGUGGGUGGCCACAUCCAGAACUUCCUGCUGGAGAAAACUCGAGUCGUGCACCAGAACCAAGGUGAAAGAAACUUCCACGUCUUCUAUCAGCUUCUGGAUGGAGGUGACGACGACCUGCUGAAAGCACUGGACCUGCAAAGAAACCCACAGAACUACAACUACCUGGUCAAAGGCAACUGUCCCAGACUCAGCUCUGUCAGUGACAAGAACAAUUGGAAGGUUGUAAUGAAGGCUUUGUCUGUGAUUGGCUUCACUGAGGAGGAAGUGCAGAGAGUGCUGAAUAUCAUCGCCAGUGUUCUCCACCUGGGAAACACUCAGUUUGGGGAAGGGGAAGAAGGAGAAACUUACAUCACCUCUGAGACACAGCUGAACCUCACUGCAAAGCUGCUGGGUGUUGAUGGUUCAGCCCUGAGGGAGGCACUCACUCACAAGAAACUCACUGCGAAGGGAGAGGAGAUGAUCAGCCCUCUGAAUUUUGAGCAGGCAGUGUCUGCGCGGGAUGCUUUGGCCAAGUCCGUGUAUGGUCGGACCUUCACUUGGUUGGUGCAGAAGAUCAACCAGUCGCUGACUGUAAAGGAUGAAUUGUACCACAGCAGUAAAGGCUCCUCAGUCAUUGGGCUUCUAGACAUCUAUGGCUUUGAGGUCCUACAGCACAACAGUUUUGAGCAGUUUUGCAUCAACUACUGCAAUGAGAAGCUCCAGCAGCUGUUCAUUGAGCUCACCCUCAGAUCUGAACAGGAGGAGUACGAGACAGAGGGAAUUGCAUGGGAGACCGUGCAAUACUUUGACAACAAGAUCAUUUGUGACCUGAUAGAGGAGAAGCACAAAGGCAUCAUCUCUAUUCUGAACGAGGAGUGUCUCAGACCCGGAGAAACCUGCGAUGUCUCGUUUUUGGAGAAACUGGAGGACACACUGGGCGGCCAUCCUCAUUUUGUCACUCACAAGUUGGCGAAUGGAAAAACUCGCAGGAUAAUGAGCAGGGAGGAGUUCAGGCUGCUGCAUUACGCUGGAGAGGUCAACUACAACGUCACUGGCUUCAUUGAAAAAAACAAUAAAUGGCUGAACAGGAACGUGAAAGAGGUCAUGUGCCAGUCAGAAAACCAGAUCCUACGGCACUGCUUCCGCAGAAAGGAAGGGACUGACCAGAAACGCCCGGAGAUGGCUGCCACUCAGUUUAAAAACAGUCUGAUGAAACUCAAGGAGAUCCUCAUGUCUAAAGAGCCGUCCUACGUCCGCUGUAUCAAACCUAAUGAUGCCAAGCAGCCAGAAAGGUUCGAUGAAGUCCUGGUUCGACACCAAGUGAAGUACCUGGGCCUGAUGGAAAACCUGAGGGUCAGGAGGGCCGGCUUUGCCUAUCGUCGUCGCUUUGAGGCCUUCCUGCAGAGGUAUAAACCCCUGUGUCCUGAGACGUGGCCUAAUUGGCACGGCAGACUGGCUGAUGGUGUCUCCACACUGGUCAACCACCUGGGCUACAAGGAAGAAGAGUACAAACUGGGCAGAUCGAAAAUCUUUAUCCGCUUCCCAAAAACUCUCUUCGCCACUGAGGAUGCACUUGAAGCAAAGAAGCCAGACAUAGCUUUGACUCUGCAGACAUCAUGGAGAGGCUACAGGGAGAGAGCCAAGUACCAGCGCAUCAGGAAAGCAGUGAUAGUGAUCCAGUCUGCGUGGCGAGGGAUGAAAGCACGCAGGAGGGCUAAGAGACGCCGACAGGCUGCUGAGUUAAUACGCAGGUUCAUAAAAGGCUUCAUCUAUCGACAUGAGGAAUACUGUUCUGAGAACGAGUACUUCCUGGACCAUGUGCGCUACUCAUUCCUCAAAAACCUGCGUAAAAACCUUCCAGAGAGUGUUUUGGACAAAGACUGGCCAACACCCCCUCCCUUACUCACUGAGGCCUCUGAGCACCUGCAGAGGCUACAUAUGAGAAACAUGGUCAUGAAGUACUGCAGAAGGGUCCAGCCUGAAUGGAAGAAACAGAUGAUGCAGAAAGUUGUAGCAAGUGAGAUCUUCAAGGAUCAGAAAGACAGCUACCCUGCAAGUGUUGGAAGGCUGUUUUUGGACACCAGGCUAGAACGUGAGCAAAUCAAUCUGAAAGUCAUCCAGACCCUUGGCAAUGACAAAGUGCUGUACGGUAUUCCUGUCAUAAAGCAUGACAGAAGGGGCUUCAAGCCUCACCAUCGCCAGCUGCUCCUCACCAACACCUUCGCUGUGCUGGUGGAUAGGACUAAGAUCAAACAGAGGAUUGACUACGCAGCUCUAAGAGGAAUCUCAGUGAGCUCUCUCAGCGAUGGGAUGUUUGUUCUGCACAUGCCCAAUGAGGACAAUAAGCAGAAGGGCGAUGUGGUGCUGCACUGCAACCAUGUGAUCGAGCUGGUGACCAAACUGUCCAUGAUGGCCAGCAAGGUCAACUACGUCAAUGUCUGCCCGGGCAGUAUUAGGUUUGCUGUUUCUCGUGGCAAAGAGGGAAUCAUCGAUUUUGUUCGAGGAUCAGAGCUAAAGGUGACCAAAGGCAAGCGAGGACAUCUGCUAGUGACUGCCCCUCAGAUCAACACCACAUGAAGAAGCAGAAAACUACAACCUGACAAAAAGUAACCGUUUUAGCAAUAAGGAGGAUGAGCAGUCAUUUCUUAUUUUGCAGCGGACAAGACGAUUCCACGAGCACACAUACAUAACAAACUACACAGGAGGAAGAAUCCUUAAUUAUUCAUACACAUCCUCAUUAUUACAGCAAUGCCUGCAAUAAUUAAUGCUUAAAAAAAACACACAACAUAAAGUCGCCACUGUUUCAAA